AUUGACAACUGAGAUUGUGUUUAGGCUUUUUUUUUAAAUCAUGCCAACAAGAGGGAAGAGGUGCAAGAUGGUCAGGGGAUGAGAGCAAGAGAAAUCAAGAAGCAACAAGGAGCAGAAGGGCUCAAGAGAUGCAGAAAGAAAGUAUUCAACUUCUCAGAGAUCAACAAGAGAGAUACCAGGAGAGAAAGGCUCAAGAGAUGCAGGAAGAAAGAACUCAACAUCUCAGAGAUCAACGAGAGAGACAGCAGAAGAGAAGGGCUCAAGAGACGCAGGAAGAAAGAACUCAUCGUCUCAGAGAUCAACGAGCGAGACAGCAGGAGAGAAGGGCUCAAGAGACGCAGGAAGAAAGAACUCAACGUCUCAGAGAUGAACGAGAGAGACAGCGGGAGAGAAGGGCUGAAGAGACACAGGAAGAAAGAACUCAACGUCUCAGAGAUCAACGAGAGAGACAGCAGAAGAGAAGGGCACAAGAGACGUGGAAAGAAACAACUCAACGUGUUGAGGAACAUCGAGAAAGAAUACAAAGGAGAAGGGAUGAAGAGACGGGAGAUGAAAAGACUAGAAGGCUGGAUGAACAGCGAGACAGAGAUACAAGACAACAAAAUGCACGAUUCACAAAGAGAAGUCUUUCUGCUGAUGUUGGUGAAAUGACCAAUGUUUGCCCUCAGUGUCGAGCGUACCGCUUCUCAGGAGGAACAACCAACUUUUGCAGCAUGAAGGCCUCCACCUCGCUUUUCAAUUUAAGACUGGACACCGUGGGGAAAAAGCAGAACAAGAAGGAAGUGGGGGAGGUUCUGGAGGAGAAGAAGCACAUGGUGGAGAAAGUGCUGGACAGGCGCAUAGUGAACGGCAAGGUGGAAUACCUGCUCAAAUGGAAAGGAUUCUUGCUUGAUGACAACACGUGGGAGCCGGAGGAAAACCUGGACUGCCCCGACCUCAUCGCAGAAUUCCUGCAGUCCCAGAAAAUAGCACACAAUGGCGUGGAUAAAACAGAGGGAUCAAAGCGGAAAGCAGAGUCUGAUAUGGAAACAGAGGAAAAUAAAAACAAGAAGAAGUGGGAGGAGCAGGAGAAGCCGAGAGGGUUUGCCCGAGGACUGGAACCGGAGUGUAUCAUCGGGGCGACAGAUUCAAGAGGGAUGCUGAUGUUCCUCAUGAAGUGGAAAUACCUUCAAAUUCCAGGAAAUAUAGGAUUCUGUUUAAAUUUUUGAAGCACUGACCGAGCAUGACGGAGGGAUAUCAGACCAGCACCAAGGCUCUUCACCAUUCACUCCUCCAGCUCUUGAAUUAUCCAUGUCACCCUCCCCAUCACACACCUGGGUGGCCAUCGAUGAUGGAACACACAACAGCACUGGAACUGGCCCUUCAGCCCAAAAUGUCUGUGCCCAACAUGAUGUCAAGUUAAACUGAUCCCAUCUGCCUGGUAUAUUCUCUUUGGGACAUUUGACAAUAAAACACUCUGGACUGCUGACUAGAUUCACACAGCGUGGAAACAGUGCCCUCGACGCAACUUCCCCUCACCGGCCAACAUCCCCUGUCUACACCAGUUCCACCUGUCUGCCCAUAUCCCUCUAAACCUGUCCGAUCCAUGUACCUGUCCAAAUGUUUCUUAAACGUUGUGAUAGUCCCUGCUUCAACUACCUCCUCCAUGCAGCAGCUCAUUCCAUACACCCAAGGUCUGAAGGGUCCCGACCAGAACCAUCACCUGUCCAUAUCCUCCAUGUGACGCUACCUGACAACCCAGAGUUCCUCCAGCACUUUGUGUUUUGCUCCGGUUGCUAACAGCUGCAGUUCUUUGCGGUCGUUGUUGAAGAGGGGAUUUAGCCUGUGGGCCGAGGAGCUUUUUCUAUCAAGUUCGUGGCCCAACUCACGGAACUACCUGAAUGUUUAACAUAUUGUGUAAAAAUAUUAUAUAAAUUGUACCUGAAACUCGUCAAGACCAAAAAUAUGAGAAGAAGCUCCAAUUUUCCGAGUAGUAAUUGUCCAAUCAAUGCACGUUUGACAUUGAGGUCGGACAAAAUUUGACCAAUCCCGCGCUUUGUUUUAUGGUUGCUAGACAGCGAGGACCCUGGCUGCCUCCUCAUAACAUCAAAACAAUAACAAGGUUUCCAAGCAAUAAAAGUGAUGCUAACCUUCCUGAUGAUUUUGUUUUUCAAUUGAUUUAUCUUUAUAAAGUUCUGAUGUGAACUGUUAAAUAAAAAAUGUAGACCUACGAUUAGGGUUAGGGUCAGUCGGGUAUUCAGUCGUUCAGUCAGUCAGUCAGUAGUUCGGUGGGUCGGUCAGUCAGUCGGGCUUGUCGGUAGGCCGAUGGAUGCUGUGGAGGAUCGGUCGAGCUGUCAGGCCGCUGGUGGGUGGUGAGCGUUGUGCCGGGCCGCCGGUGGGUGGUGAGAGUGUUCGGUCGGGCCGUUGGUGCUGCGAUUGGUCUGAUGGCCGGUGGGUGCUGCGAGUGGUCGGUCGGGCUGUCGGUAGGCCGGUGUUGCAGCGAGCGAGCGGACUGAUGGAGCCGGCGCUAUGGCGGUGCUGAAGGCAGCCCGGACUGCGUUCAGGGCAGUGCUGCUCUCCACCAUCAUCACCAUGAUAAUCCAGGAGGGCAUGCUGGCCGAGGUGGA